UUCAACACGUAUAAUUCACCCGUCCUGCAGAGGCGGCAGACGUGAGUUGUUCUCCGUGAAGAAGAUUCAAGAUGAACGCCCUUUAUCUGUUGCUAGUGAUUGGUUGGUUGGCAACAUUAGUGCCCAUUGUGACGGGGUCUUACUGCACACAAACCUACACCUGCACAAAAUCUCAGCGGUAUACGACUAGCUGCGGUUUUCUGGGAUGGAAGAGAUGUACUCGUUACAGAAACGUGAACUCCCAGUGUUCCAGGCAGGUGUGUUGUAACGGAUGGACCGGAGCAGGUUGUAAGCAAGAUGUCAACGAAUGUCUGGUAAACAAUGGUGGAUGUCAACAAACGUGUGUGAACGAGGUCGGGUCAUUCCAUUGUGAAUGUAGCCCAGGAUUUACCCUGCAUUCAGAUGGAAAAACAUGUGUAGACAAGGAUGAAUGUGCUCUUGGCGUGGCCAGUUGUCACGUGCUGGCCUCGUGUGUCAACACCCAGGGGUCUUUCUUUUGUGUCUGCGACCCUGGAUAUACUGGGGACGGAAUCACGUGCACUGAUAUCGACGAAUGUGCAUUGAACAAUGGAGGAUGUGACCAAGUGUGUUUAAAUGAGAUAGGUUCCUUCAGUUGUGACUGUAAGGCCGGUUAUCGGCUAAUGGACGACGGUGUCACUUGUCAAGAUAUUCAGCUUGAAUGCCAGCAGAAUUGUUCUCAAUUAUGCUGGCAAACGCCCGGUUCUUUCAUCUGUGCUUGUGACAUGGGCUAUGUGCUGAAUGCAGAUGGCGUCACGUGUGACGAUUUAGAUGAAUGCAGCUACGAGAACGGAGGCUGUGCACAGGUUUGUAAAAACCUACCUGGUUCCUACCAGUGUGAAUGUAACCCUGGAUACCAGUUUGGAGAAGACGGUAUUACGUGUGAAGAUCUCGACGAAUGCGUACCAUUGAACAAUGGAGGAUGUGACCAAGUGUGUUUAAAUAACAGAGGUUCCUUUAGUUGUGACUGUAACGUCGGUUAUCAACUGACGGGUGACGGUGUCACUUGCCAAGAUAUCGAUGAAUGCCAGCAAAACAUCUGUUCUCACUUUUGCACGAACACAAACGGAUCUUUCACCUGCACCUGUCAGGCCGGCUAUUUGAUGAAUGCAGAUGGGGUCACAUGCGAUGAUGUAAAUGAAUGCAGCACCAAUAACGGAGGCUGUGCACAGGUGUGUAACAACCUACCUGGUUCCUUCCGGUGUGAAUGUAGCCCGGGAUACCAGUUUGGACAAGACGGUAUUACGUGUGAAGAUAUAAAUGAAUGCAACUCGUUCAAUGGAGGGUGCCAAGACAUUUGUGAAAACACCCUGGGGUCAUUUGUAUGCAAAUGUAACAUUGGGGAACUCAGCAGCGACGGCCUGAGCUGUGAAGCAACCAAGGAACCAAGCGUGUUCCAACGUAACAGCAUAGCUCGUAAACUUUUGCCACGAGGGUGUGCUGUGGUCACACUGACUCGUUGUACAGAGGGCGCUGAUGUAGAAGUCCGUCUUUCAUCCACAGCUGAAUGGUACAAGUUGACUUCUGACCCCAAUAUCAUAUUCACACUUGGUAUCGUCUUUAUUGAAGUGAACGACAUUGCCCUUCCAAUGUCAAUCACGGGUAUGGAAAUACACAAUCCUAAUGGUAACUUCAUGAUGCAAAUGGGAUCUUUGACUUAUGGCGAAUCGGACGGAACCGUGCUGGCAACCGACCGAAACAAUGAUUGCCUUUCAUUUAAUCUAACGCCUAGAGAUGUGUUUGACUUUGUUUCAUCCGGGUCUUUCUUGUCGACAUUCUUGGAGAAUAUCUACAAAGCGCUGCCGAACUGGAUCAAAUUCACGUCAACGGGUUUCGAUAUUCUUUCAAUCAAUCAACUGAAGACGGACCUUUUGCAUGGGCGAGAUGUUCAGAAAGUACAGGCAUGUCGUGGUGCGCCUUUGUUCGAUAACAAACUCUACACCAUCUUCCAGUUUAGAAGUGGUUUCAGCCUUAGCGUCUAUGGCAACGAAAUAUCUCUCCCAAAGCCACUGAACGGAACUGAGUUUUGUCUUAUCGUUGACAUUUGCAGAGCCUAUGGCGGCACGGUUUUCCUAAUGUUUCCUCCGGGAUCUAGAGAGCUUCUCAGUCAGCUGAAGGUGAUAAGUGAUAUGGAGGAGAAGGGUGGUUUUAAGUUGUUCCUUAAUGGUAUUGGUUUGUCAAUAGUUAAGGAGAUAAACGUACACUACACAGCGUCAGAGUUGACGUUCUGGAAUGGGGAUGGAUUCUUCCAGUACCCAGUAUUCCCAAAAGCGCACAUGUGGCUUGGUGGUGGCAUUACCAAGAAUACCAGCGUCUACGACAUCUCCGCUGAAACCGAUAUUUACCUAGGAUUUCCCCGUAACCCACUCUCACUUCUUUCUCACGUAUUCUUAGAGGAGUGGAAUGCUAUUGUGAGACUCAACGUAGUUGCAUCGUGCACCCUAAAGUUUAAGUUGUUAGGCAAGCAGCGAAGCAUACGAUUACAAGAGCUGGGCGUCUCCAGUCUGGAAACACACAUUUCAGUCGGCGGCCUAGAACCCAGACAGUGGUGCGGAGCGAACGCCAACCCUCCAGGUAUCUUCCUGUCACUUCGGCUCAGCAUCAACCCCUUCAGGAACAUCCCCAUACUAGGUGAUUGGGUGUUCUAUAAUCGACACUCGGUCUAUGCUUUCGUUACCUACGACCAGUCGGGCAAGAUCAAGAACCUGCCGACUGUUGAUCUUCUUCAAGACAUCGUAGAUAUCCAGCAAAUCGUGAAUCAUUUUAUGGAGGUGCUAAAUCAAAAUCUAGAGAGGUUCAAGGGUCUUCUCUCCAAUACAGCGGCAGCACUGCUUAAUUUAGUUCACACCGCCCUCGCUGAUCUUAAGGCUGCCAUUCAGGAAAUUGUAGGCGAUUUGCAAAAUCUCACAUUCCCCGAUUUCUCUGUCGUAUUAGACACCAUCCGUAAUGCAUGGACUGUCCUAAAAAUGGCAUCACAGAACUUCCUUGACGCCGUUGAGUUCAAUAUUGAAAUCGCCAAACACAACUUUACGGAGAUGAUCAAAUUCGAGGUAAAUCGCAUUAAGGGAAUGUGGAUGCAGCAAUCGAAAAGGCGCUUGGUGAGGUAAAUUCGGCCACUGAUGAUAUUUCUGGGUUCGGGGUACGCUACAAGACGACCAUUAAAUUUUUAGGUCUGGAGAUAUAUGGACUUCAAGUUGAGUUUGU